GUAUCAGAUCAUGCGUAGUUACGAACCUGCACAGUUUAGACAGAAAAUGUCCUUGACUUCUUAAGUGCGCUGGGGCCCCUCCACUAAACAAGUUUCAUGUGUCGAUUUCCAAGUCACUCGUGAUUAUUCCUCGUCAUUCUAUGUGUGAUGCCCAUGCAAAAUAAUAUCAAGUAGUAUAUAUCAGACGAUAUGGCUCAAUUUAUUAAAAAAGCAGCAUUAUUGUUAUUUACUCAAGAAUGUACGAGGGAAUACUUGGACAAAUUCAAUUUUUUUCACGUCGCAUGCUUCAAGGCGACGUUAAGCAAACUUUUAGGAGUGACCAUCAUUGGAGGUUCUUUGCUUGUAAAGGUACCUCAAAUUGUAAAAAUUCUAAAAAACAAGAGCGGUGAAGGAAUUAAUGUCUUCAGUGUAUUAUUAGAUUUAUUUGCCAUUACUGCAAUGUUGUCUUAUAGUUUUAUGAGAGGAUUUCCAUUUAGUGCCUGGGGAGAUGCAGUAUUUCUGGGAAUUCAGACUUUGAUUAUUGCAGUCUUAGUAAUGCAUUAUAAUGGAGAUACAGCAAAAGCGACUGCAUUUCUAUCUGCUUAUUUAGCAGUACUUUUUACAGCUAAUAGUGGAUUAACGCCUAUUCAUAUUCUCUGGGCAUGCCAAGCAAUGAAUAUACCAAUUGUUCUUAUUAGUAAGUUUUCACAAGCCUAUACAAAUUAUUCCAAUGGACAUACCGGCCAAUUAUCGGCGGCAACAUGUUUUAUGCUCUUCUUCGGUUCUUUCGUGAGAAUUUUUACUUCCAUCCAAGAAACAGGCGAUGCAGCUAUGAUAACAAUGUAUAUGUGUUCUACACUGGCAAAUGGUGUUAUAGUGGCACAACUUCUUCACUACUGGAACGUAGGUGUAAAAAGUAAAGAAAAGAUUAAAAAGAAAGAGUAAAAUGAAAGAAAUAUGAAUGUUUAUAUACAGUGCGCAAUUGAUAAUCUAUAUAAGCCGAUAAUAAUUGUAAAUUUGAUAUACAUGGCUGUAUGAAAUUUUGUGUGAAUGAUAUUUUAUGAAGCCAAUGUGAUAUUGAAGAGAUGAAUACUUAGGAAUCAGUUUCCAUAAAGGAAAUAAAUUUGGAACUGUGUUCAUUAUCAUUAUAUAUACUGCUGCCAUUCAAAGUGCACUAUAAUGUUGCAAUUUUAAUAGCCAGUAUAUAUAAACAGUUUGAAAUAUCCUGUUGUAGCAGUCAAUAUCGUUUUAUAAUUUGAAAGAUAAAAUAGUAUUAUCAUCUCUUAUCAAUAGACAUUAUGUAAGAUGACAAUACAUACUCUAAAAAACAUCACUUUUUAAAUAUAUGCAAGAUAAGGUUAGAUAAAACUAUAUUACUAUUCAUUUCCUCCACAUAUCUCUGUUAAAUAUUCUUUCGAAACAAAUAUAAAACAAAAUAAUAUAUCUUAAUAGUUUAAAGAAAUUGUAAGCAAUUAAAUCUGCUUUAGAUGAUUUUGCAACGAACUUCGAGACAGAAUUUCAUCUACUUAAUAUUUCGUA